GGUAAGUUUCAGACUCAAGAUGGGGCUGGGGUUUGGUGAAUGGGGUGUAGUUUUUCUGUUUGUGGUGUCGGUAAAUCUCUUGGAGGUCGUGUCUUUUGGCCAGCCUUCCGACUCCGAGUUUACCUUCGUGUUGCCGCCGGGCAGAGAGGAAUGUUUUUACCAAAAUGCCGGAUACAACAGUAGCAUGGAGCUGGAAUACCAGGUUAUUGGAGGUGCUGGAUUGGAUGUUGAUUUUACUGUGUUUAGUCCUGUUGGUGAAAGUCUGAUCGUGGAAUCAAGGAAGUCUGAUGGUGUCCAUAUGAUCGAGCCUACAAUUAUUGGCGAUUACAAAAUCUGCUUUGACAAUUCUUUUAGUACCAUUUCUGAGAAGGUGAUCUUCUUUGAAGUGAUUUUUGAUGAUGCUGAGGAGGACUGGUCAGAGAUUGUGGAACCAGAAGAGCUACUGGACGUUAAAGUAGAUGAUAUCAAGGAGUCGAUUGGAAACAUGAACACAAAACUGGCAAAAAGUGUGCAGAUUCAGGCCAUUCUCCGAGCCUUCGAGGCACGGGAUCGCAACCUGCAAGAGGGCAACUUGGAUAGAGUCAAUUUCUGGUCAGCUAUCAAUUUGGGAGUGAUGCUGGUGGUAUCAGUUGUCCAAGUCUACAUGUUGAAAAGUCUCUUUGAUGACCGCAGAAAAGUUCAAACAUAAACUCAAAUGAUGACUUGAAACAGA